AUGAAGAACAGCCAUGAGAUGACUACUUUUCUUGUGACAGAGGCCUACAGAGCCUUGCAGUACAGAGCCCUAGACUACAUCUUACAGUACAGAGCCCUAGACUACAGCUUCCAGUACAGAGCUCUACACUACAGCUUCCAGUACAGAGCCCUAGACUACAGCUUCCAGUACAGAGCUCUACACUACAGCUUCCAGUACAGAGCCCUAGACUACAUCUUCCAGUACAGAGCCCUAGACUCCAUCUUACAGUACAGAGCCCUACACUACAUCUUCCAGUACAGAGCCCUAGACUCCAUCUUACAGUACAGAGCCCUAGACUCCAUCUUACAGUACAGAGCCCUAGACUCCAUCUUACAGUACAGAGCCCUAGACUCCAUCUUACAGUACAGAGCCCUACACUACAUCUUCCAGUACAGAGCCCUACACUACAUCUUCCAGUACAGAGCCCUACACUACAUCUUACAGUACAGAGCCCUACACUACAUCUUACAGUACAGAGCCCUAGACUACAGCUUACAGUACAGAGCCCUAGACUACAUCUUACAGUACAGAGCCCUAGACUACAGAUUCCAGUACAGAGCCCUACACUACAUCUUCCAGUACAGAGCCCUACACUACAUCUUCCAGUACAGAGCCCUACACUACAUCUUCCAGUACAGAGCCCUACACUACAUCUUACAGUACAGAGCCCUACACUACAUCUUACAGUACAGAGCCCUACACUACAUCUUCCAGUACAGAGCCCUACACUACAUCUUACAGUACAGAGCCCUACACUACAUCUUCCAGUACAGAUCCCUAGACUACAGAUUCCAGUACAGAGCACGACACUACAUCUUCCAGUACAGAGCCCUACACUACAUCUUCCAGUACAGAGCCCUACACUACAUCUUCCAGUACAGAGCCCUACACUACAUCUUACAGUACAGAUCCCUACACUACAUCUUACAGUACAGAGCCCUACACUACAUCUUCCAGUACAGAGCCCUACACUACAUCUUACAGUACAGAGCCCUACACUACAUUUUCCAGUACAGAGCCCUACACUACAUCUUACAGUACAGAGCCCUAGACUACAGCUUACAGUACAGAGCCCUAGACUACAUCUUACAGUACAGAGCCCUAGACUACAGAUUCCAGUACAGAGCCCUACACUACAUCUUCCAGUACAGAGCCCUACACUACAUCUUCCAGUACAGAGCCCUACACUACAUCUUACAGUACAGAGCCCUACACUACAUCUUCCAGUACAGGGCCCUACACCACAUCUUACAGUACAGAGCCCUACACUACAUCUUCCAGUACAGAGCCCUACACUACAUCUUACAGUACAGAGCCCUACACUACAUCUUCCAGUACAGAGCCCUACACUACAUCUUCCAGUACAGAGCCCUACACUACAUCUUACAGUACAGAGCCCUACACUACAUCUUACAGUGCAGAGCCCUGCACUACAUCUUACAGUACAGAGCCCUAGACUACAGCUUCCAGUACAGAGCUCUACACUACAGCUUCCAGUACAGAGCUCUACACUACAGCUUCCAGUACAGAGCCCUAGACUACAACUUCCAGUACAGAGCCCUACACUACAGCUUCCAGUACAGAGCACUAGACUACAUCUUACAGUACAGAGCCCUACACUACAGCUUCCAGUACAGAGCCCUAGACUCCAUCUUACAGUACAGAGCACUAGACUACAUCUUCCAGUACAGAGCCCUACACUACAUCUUACAGUACAGAGCCCUAGACUCCAUCUUACAGUACAGAGCCCUAGACUCCAUCUUACAGUACAGAGCACUAGACUACAGCUUACAGUACAGAGCCCUACACUACAUCUUCCAGUACAGAGCCCUACACUACAUCUUCCAGUACAGAGCCCUAGACUCCAUCUUACAGUACAGAGCACUAGACUACAUCUUCCAGUACAGAGCCCUACACUACAUCUUCCAGUACAGAGCCCUAGACUACAUCUUCCAGUACAGAGCCCUAGACUCCAUCUUACAGUACAGAGCACUAGACUACAUCUUCCAGUACAGAGCCAUACACUACAUCUUCCAGUACAGAGCCCUAGACUACAUCUUCCAGUACAGAGCCCUAGACUCCAUCUUACAGUACAGAGCCCUACACUACAUCUUCCAGAACAGAGCCCUACACUACAUCUUACAGUACAGAGCCCUAGACUACAGCUUACAGUACAGAGCCCUAGACUACAUCUUACAGUACAGAGCCCUAGACUACAUAUUCCAGUACAGAGCCCUACACUACAUCUUCCAGUACAGAGCCCUACACUACAUCUUCCAGUACAGAGCCCUACACUACAUCUUCCAGUACAGAGCCCUACACUACAUCUUACAGUACAGAGCCCUACACUACAUCUUCCAGUACAGAGCCCUACACUACAUCUUACAGUACAGAGCCCUACACUACAUCUUCCAGUACAGAGCCCUACACUACAUCUUGCAGUACAGAGCCCUUCACUACAUCUUCCAGUACAGAGCCCUACACUACAUCUUACAGUACAGAGCCAUAGACUACAUCUUACAGUACAGAGCCCUAGACUACAGAUUCCAGUACAGAGCCCUACACUACAUCUUCCAGUACAGAGCCCUACACUACAUCUUCCAGUACAGAGCCCUACACUACAUCUUACAGUGCAGAGCCCUACACUACAUCUUCCAGUACAGAGCCCUACACUACAUCUUACAGUACAGAGCCCUACACUACAUCUUCCAGUACAGAGCCCUACACUACAUCUUACAGUACAGAGCCCUAGACUACAUCUUACAGUACAGAGCCCUAGACUACAGAUUCCAGUACAGAGCCCUACACUACAUCUUCCAGUACAGAGCCCUACACUACAUCUUCCAGUACAGAGCCCUACACUACAUCUUACAGUACAGAGCCCUACACUACAUCUUACAGUGCAGAGCCCUGCACUACAUCUUACAGUACAGAGCCCUAGACUACAGCUUCCAGUACAGAGCUCUACACUACAGCUUCCAGUACAGAGCCCUAGACUACAUCUUACAGUACAGAGCCCUAGACUACAGCUUCCAGUACAGAGCUCUACACUACAGCUUCCAGUACAGAGCUCUACACUACAGCUUCCAGUACAGAGCCCUAGACUACAACUUCCAGUACAGAGCCCUACACUACAGCUUCCAGUACAGAGCAAUAGACUACAUCUUACAGUACAGAGCCCUACACUACAGCUUCCAGUACAGAGCCCUAGACUCCAUCUUACAGUACAGAGCACUAGACUACAUCUUCCAGUACAGAGCCCUACACUACAUCUUACAGUACAGAGCCCUAGACUCCAUCUUACAGUACAGAGCCCUAGACUCCAUCUUACAGUACAGAGCACUAGACUGCAGCUUACAGUACAGAGCCCUACACUACAUCUUCCAGUACAGAGCCCUACACUACAUCUUCCAGUACAGAGCCCUAGACUCCAUCUUACAGUACAGAGCACCAGACUACAUCUUCCAGUACAGAGCCCUAGACUACAUCUUCCAGUACAGAGCCCUAGACUACAUCUUCCAGUACAGAGCCCUAGACUCCAUCUUACAGUACAGAGCACUAGACUACAUCUUCCAGUACAGAGCCAUACACUACAUCUUCCAGUACAGAGCCCUAGACUACAUCUUCCAGUACAGAGCCCUAGACUCCAUCUUACAGUACAGAGCCCUACACUACAUCUUCCAGAACAGAGCCCUACACUACAUCUUACAGUACAGAGCCCUAGACUACAGCUUACAGUACAGAGCCCUAGACUACAUCUUACAGUACAGAGCCCUAGACUACAUAUUCCAGUACAGAGCCCUACACUACAUCUUCCAGUACAGAGCCCUACACUACAUCUUCCAGUACAGAGCCCUACACUACAUCUUCCAGUACAGAGCCCUACACUACAUCUUAAAGUACAGAGCCCUACACUACAUCUUCCAGUACAGAGCCCUACACUACAUCUUACAGUACAGAGCCCUACACUACAUCUUCCAGUACAGAGCCCUACACUACAUCUUGCAGUACAGAGCCCUUCACUACAUCUUCCAGUACAGAGCCCUACACUACAUCUUACAGUACAGAGCCCUAGACUACAUCUUACAGUACAGAGCCCUAGACUACAGAUUCCAGUACAGAGCCCUACACUACAUCUUCCAGUACAGAGCCCUACACUACAUCUUCCAGUACAGAGCCCUACACUACAUCUUACAGUACAGAGCCCUACACUACAUCUUACAGUGCAGAGCCCUACACUACAUCUUCCAGUACAGAGCCCUACACUACAUCUUACAGUACAGAGCCCUACACUACAUCUUCCAGUACAGAGCCCUACACUACAUCUUACAGUACAGAGCCCUAGACUACAUCUUACAGUACAGAGCCCUAGACUACAGAUUCCAGUACAGAGCCCUACACUACAUCUUCCAGUACAGAGCCCUACACUACAUCUUCCAGUACAGAGCCCUACACUACAUCUUACAGUACAGAGCCCUACACUACAUCUUACAGUGCAGAGCCCUACACUACAUCUUCCAGUACAGAGCCCUACACUACAUCUUACAGUACAGAGCCCUACACUACAUCUUCCAGUACAGAGCCCUACACUACAUCUUCCAGUACAGAUCCCUACACUACAUAUUCCAGUACAGAGCCCUACACUACUUCUUACAGUACAGAGCCCUAGACUACUUCUUACAGUACAGAGCCCUACACUACAGUUUACGUGAGCACUUGUGCAACGUAUAAUUUUUACAUGAGUAUGUAAAAGAUGUACAAGAUGUGAUAUUUAACCCAAAUGUAAUUUAAGUCUUAAUUGCAGUCUUUGUCUUGAAUUCUGUGAUUUUAUUAAAUCUGUGCCAAAAUUGUGGUAGGAAUGUAACAUUAAAUUAAAUUAACG